AUGUCGCAGUUCAUCACCGCUUACGCUGUGAGCUUCUACCAAGAUGCUCGUCUAGCCUGCCAGUGUACUUGGCCUUUGCCCAAUGCAGUGCCCAACACCUGGAGCACUUCACCAAGAUCAUGGACAAGCCAGGAAUCGGGCAUCUCAAUAGAGGAUGGCUUACUGCUCACCACAAGCACGAUCACCAUAACCGUCAAACCCGUCCAAGUCGCCGACUUCGUCGACUCCAUCGUCUUCCGCGACACCACCUCCCUCGUCCUUGAAACGAACAUGAUUUUCGACGCCUCUGUGGCAUUCGUGCUGAACUUGGUUGCUACGGCAUGGGCCACAGCGACACAGUCUAACAUCCCAAAGCAGCCCACAGUGCCAGAAAUCCACGACACCGUAGCCUCCAUCCCAAAAACCUACUUCACUCCUGCGCAUUUUCGGGCAACCACCGCCGCUCCCCGGGUCUCCUCCUCGUCUGAAAGUCGAUGA